AUGUCCAUGACGCCAGCCCCAAGACAACGACAAGGUACAGGACAAGGACAAGGAGCCAGGGGCACCAGACGUGAAACGCGAUCCAGGCAGGAUUUAGGAUCAACCAGUGGCGGGCGGCAGAUAAUGGGCCUGAUCCUGGGGUGCACAAUUAUGUCUCUCGUGGUAGUCAAGGUCGCCUCCGCAGCCACUCUAUAUCAGCAGCCACAUUUACUCCAGCAGCAGCAGCAGACGCAGUCCGUCAACGACAUUGAGUCCUCCGCAGAGGAGAAUCAAGCCACCAAGGAGUCGGAGCAGUGGAAUCAGUCGGAGAGCGACAGUGAUAUCGAGAAGAUGAGGGCCAAGUUGCAGCAGCUGCAGCAUGAACAGCAGCAGCUGUAUCUCCGCCAGCAGCAGCAACAGUUGCAGCUGCAUCUCCAGCAGAUGCAGGCGGCGCAGGGAGCUGGAGCAAUAGGCGGGGGAGGAGGAGGAGCUGCAGCAGCUGGAGCCGGAGCUGGAGCUGGUGGCGAAACCGCCUACUUAUUGGAGCGUGCCGACAACCAGCUCGCACCCAUCUACGGGACAUGGCGCACGAAAGCGCGACGGCAGCCACACGCAACCGCGUCACACGAACUGGACGACGCCCAUGUGUACGAGCGUCUGCCGAGGCGUUCGGCAACCAUGACGCCUCUGAAGGGGCUGCUGCGUGACCAGAUGCCCCGCCCGCCGCGUCUCUCCACCCAGGAGAUGUCCCAGCUGUCCUUGGGAUCACCCUCACCGCCGCCCACAACAGCGCUGCUGAGGAGGCAAUAUUCGGAGACGCCGGGCACCAGGGCUCUGAGAGGUCAGGCUCAGGCUCAAGCACAGACACAGAACACACAAGAGGAGUUCAAGCCAAAGCCCUUUCACUUUCCCUACGAUGGCCCACUGCCCGAGCAGUUCACCAAGGGCGAGGCAGUGCGUCCCGAGCUGAAUAACAUCCAGGACAUUCUGCAACACUUGCACAUAGGAGGAGGUCUAGGACCGAGCAAGCUCCCGCCGAUGGUGAUGAUGCCCACGGGCCUUCACAUCGCCGGCACCUUCAAGAACCUCAAGUCGAGCGGCAUCGGGAACUUCUUCCGAGGCAAGCGGCACAAGAAACAGAUGCAGUUCACCAUUCCAAUGGGUCACAUGCCUCUGAUGCCAAUGGCCAUGCCCAUGCCCAUGUCCAUGCAGUGGUAUGCUCCCCCGAGUCAUCAGCGAGUGGCCAUCGAACAGUUGUAUCCGUACAAGCCCCGGUCGCCACAGGAUGUCAAUCUGCUGGCCAUGCAGCCGGUGGUCGGAAAUGGAAAGCCCCUCUCCAAGAACAAGAAAAAGAAGCAGCAACAACAGCUGCAGCAGCAGUUGCUCGAACAUGGUAGCCAGCAGCACUUCGUGGCCGAUCCUUUCCUGCAGCACUUCGCCCUGAAUGCCACCCGGCAGCCGCAGCACAAGCGAGUUCCCUUUAAGGUCAAUCUGGACAUAUACCCGGUGUUACCGCCUUCGCGUCCCUCCUCGGUGUUAAGGCAUCCCUUCCAGCAGGAUUAUGCUCUGCCAUCGGCAGCUGCCUUGACAGGAACCACGGCGGCAGCUUUCCAGAUGGGUCACGGUCAGCAUCCUGGCCUGUACCAGCAGACAUCCUUUAAGUUCCCCACGCAGCAGUCUGCUCCAGUGGUAUUUCCCGACCAGGCCACCAGAUUCAGCCAGCAGCAAGCCUUGUACCAGCACAAGUUUCCGCCGCCUCCGCCUCCGGAAGAUGCCAUCUACGGACAGGGUCAGGGACAGGGUCACGGUCCAGUAGAGAGCCAAACGAAUCCCAUUAUGCUGCACUUGAAUGUGUUUCCCAAGCAGAAGCCCACGGCCACGAUUCGUGCCUCUACGAAUCCCUUCUACAACCACAAUAUGCAAAGGAACACCGUCAAUUCGAAUGAGCUGCCGCCUCCCAAUCCGCCGAGUCCCAUUGAACCACGACAGGCAGUUGGUGGCAACGUCAGUCACUCUCAGCAGCCGCAGCAACAGCCACAGUCACAUCAACCAUCUGUGAACCAAACCCAGCAGCAGAACCAGCUUCCAGUGACCACAAAUCGGCCCAACUCCAUUUCCCGUAGCGACCACGUGCCGCUCAUUGACUUUGAGCAUCCCAUUGUGGCGGCCGAGUUACCGGAUAGAGCUUCCCUCACAGGAUACCGGCAGGAUCAUCAUCAACGCUACCGGAAGACGCCCGUGGAUGAGCACUUUCGCUAUGGGAAAAGCGCCAAUAUCGAGCAGCUGGCGGCUGAGGCCCAAACCGCCUCGCUUUUCCGCUUUCCCGUCGAGGAUUUGAUACAGUUCCAGGUGGACGAUGCUCUCUAA